AUGGAGAGUAUUAUUCUAACACCAGAACCGCUUAUCAUUACGGGUGACUUAAAUAUCCAUGUUAAUAAUACGAACGAUUCUGAUGCUUGUGAAUUUUUGGAUUUGCUGGCGUCACUAGGCCUAAAACAACAUGUCGUUGGUCCUACCCACGAGGGUGGCCACACCCUGGCCUUGGUGAUCACCAGGCAAUAUGAUCAGGUUAUUAAGUCUGCCCCGAUGAUUGAUCGGUUUAUCUCUGACCAUGCCGCAGUACUGUGUAAAAAAAAAUAAAAUAAAAAUAAAUUGACAUGGAUGCAUUCAGAACUGAUUUAACGACGUCUGAAUUGUGUACCAAUGUUUUUACGGAUUUGGAUAUGAUGGUCUCCUGAUACAACUCCAAACUGUCGUCGUUACUUGAUAAAUAUACCCCUCUUAGAACUAAGUCUGUUGCUAAUAGGAAGCGUGUGCCUUGGUUUAACCACAAAAUUAAUGAUGCUAUUAAGGCUAGGCGGAGAGCUGAGAGUAAAUGGCGCUAUUCUAAAUCUGCACAGGAUCUAAGUGUUUUCACAAAGAAGAAAAACCAUGCAAUAUACUUGAUGAACCAAGCUCGCUGUGAUUAUUACACCAAUCAUAUCCAGCAAAACAGUUCUGCUCAGAGAAAACUGUUUAAUGUUACAAAGUCCCUGUUGUGUGACACCAACACUGCAUCGUUCCCCCGUGUUGACACUGUUCAUCUUGCCAAUGAUUUUGGAAAUUUCUUUGCACAGAAGAUUGAGAAUAUAAACGCGUCUUUGGCUUGUGUUACCAUCUCUCAAGAAGCCUGGUUUGGACUCUGCAUUCAAAAAUUUCCGUCCAGUCAGAAACCUCUCUUAUAUUUCUAAAUUGUCGGAGAGGGCUGGGGCUGAGCAGUUCCUGGAGCAUCUGACUGCCAACAAUUUAGAUUCUCAGCUUCAAACGGCGUAUAAACAGCAACACAGCAAGGAGACGGCAUUACUUAAAGUUAAGAAUGAUAUUUUGAUGUCUAUAGAUGAGCAACAUGUCACCUUGCUCGUAUUAUUAGAUUUAAGUGCAGCUUUUGACACGAUACAUCAUGAUACGGUGAUUGGUCGUCUUGAGUCUGAUUUGGGAAUAACUGAAAAUGCGCUUGCCUGGUUUAAAUCGUAUCUAUCUGACCGGGUUCCAGCGUGUCUCUGUAAAUGGUACUCUCUCAGAUCAGUUUCCCUUAAAACAAGGUGUUCCUUAAGGAUCAUGUUUGGGCCCCUUGCUUUUCACUAUCUACACGCGCAAACUGUUUCAGAUCGUUGAACGCCACCUCCCACAAGUUCACUGCUACGCGGACGAUACACAGUUGUAUGUAUCAUUCAGCCCCAAUCGAUCUGCGAAUGCUGAUUUAGCCGUCAAGUCCAUGACUGACUGUAUCAGUGACAUUAGGAGUUGGAUGCUUUUAGAUAAUCUUAUGUUAAACGAUGAUGAAACAGAAUUUUUAAUUAUAGGUACUAGGCAGCAGCUGGCCAAGGUUAACAUCAAUUGCAUUAGGGUUGGGUCGACUGAUGUUUGUCCUGUAACAGUAGCUACAAACCUAGGCUCAUGGUUUGAUGAGCAGCUCACUAUGUUAACUCAUAUUAGCAAGUUAUGUGGUGUUGCCUUUUACCAUUUGCAUAAUAUCAAACGCAUUCGCAAGUAUUUGUCUCGAGAAUCAACGGAAAUGCUUGUCCAUGCAUUUAUUACAUCUCGUGUUGAUUAUUGUAACAGUCUUUUGUAUGGGCUGCCCAACUACCAGCUUAUCAAAUAGCAGAGAGUUUUAAAUGCCUCAGCCAGGCUAGAAUGUAAUGCCCCUAGGUUUUGCCACAUUUCACCCCUUCUUCGUGGUCUGCAUUGGCUUCCUGUUAAAGCCCGGAUAGAAUUUAAGAUACUGCUUAUUACGUUCAAAGCAAUUCACGGCCUUGCUCCUAAAUAUCUAUGCGAUUUACUAACAUUUAAAUCGUCCUUAUAUAACCUUAGAUCUUCAGAUAGUAUUUUACUUUCUAUGCCAGCUGUUCGAUCGAAGACGUUAGCUGAUAGUGCUUUUACGGUAGCAGCGCCAAGGCUCUGGAACUCUCUUCCAAAAGAACUUCGUGCGAUUACUAAUGUGAACAGUUUUAAGGCGCAUAUUAAGACUUAUCUUUUUAAAACUUUAUAUUGGUGAGCAAUUUUAUAUUCAGUUCUUACUUGCAUGCAUAUAUAUUCUUUUUAUUUUUUAUUUUUUAAUGCAUUAUCUUUUAUUUGUUUCUUUUAAAGUAAUGCAGUUGUAAUGCGCAGCUGAUCAUUCUCAUGUUAAGCUGCGCACAAUAAGUUCAUAAAUUAUUAUUAUAAAUUAUUAUUAUAGUAACACUUAUGACAUUUUCAAGUUUUCGCGAAACGUCUAAAGCCUUUGUUCAAGUCAUUAAAAAUAAUAAAUACCUAUGAAAUAAUUAUAUACCUAAUUGCAAACUUCCUGUACUAAAGGAAGUACUUUAUUAUUAUUAUUAUUAUUAUUAUUAUUAUUGCCCCCGCAGGGAUUUCGCCCAGAAGGCGAAAUCCCGAGGAGGCACUCUAGUAACUCGCGCGUAUAUUAAAGAAAGUACUAACAGUUGAAAUAUACAGCCGUACAGUCAAUAUAUAAAAAAUCUCGAUUUGCUUGAACAAGGGCCGCGAGGAAUCGGUGGGUAAUGAUGACGUUUCUAUUGUUUGCGCCCGCAAGUACGAAAUGGUUAGGAUGACGUAAAACACAAAAAAUCCCGAAGGAACAACUUACAAUAGGUAGAUUUUGUGGCAUUAAUUGUGCAGUCAUACUUCGAUACUCUUUUGCGUUACGACGGUGUUAUCAGUGACAUUUUGUGGAGCAGUUGUUAUGAAAGUUAUGGACCAAAAGACACUCGUUAAGCGCAGAUGAAGUGAUAAGGUGCGUAGAACAGUUGAUAUUUUAACACUAAGUGAGUUUGCCAGACACGAGUUCACAAAUCUUUGAUUGGAAACUUUGCCAGGCACUCUUUCUCUUUCUUUGACCGGAAUAAGACACGGCCCAAAACAAGCAAGACGAGUGAAUGAUUCAAAGCGCUAGCUUAUCACUAGCAGAACGAUGGACGAUUACGGAAAUUCGCCGACAAUCAAAUUCUGUGCUGACUUAUUCCCUGCUUUGCCUAGUCCCUGUACGGCGUGUUUGCAGGCCCUUUCGGUCAAUGCAUUUCGGCGGACGUAUCCGAGGCGAACGGCCGGGAGACGCCUAGACAAUUGUAGGGGGUUUACGAGCAACUCGCUCGCUGAGCAUAGAGGUACCAGGUAUCUGAGUUUACAUCUUGUUGUUCUUUAAUCUUUACAGCAGCUCAUAUGUAACUAACCUCAACCACUCUCAACUAAUUCUACUAGCUAACACAGCGAAUUAAAUAACGAAAUUGUGGACGUGUUUGGGUUAGCGGACCAUGAGACCCUUCCAAUGCAUAUCCUGUCGCUGAACUUGUGAACGAUAGAAUAGUCUACACUGUCCCAAUUAACAAGUACUAAAGAGCCAAUUGAAUGCUAGCGGUAAAACUGCUCGCUAGGACCAAGCAUACAAAACAGGAACUUCAGUGGAGGCAAAACUCAAGGUCAGCUAUAAUCCCCGAACAUGCUUACUUCAAAGAACUACAAUAAGUUUAACAAAUCCUUUCGAUAGACGAUACUUCUCAAAACUCAGGAACUAACAGUGUGGCCUAUAUGAAUUUCCUUGGACUAUGAACUGUUUAUUAAGAAACUAGCACGUGCUACAAAAUAAUCAUUCGGAUAGAAAGACCUUAAAAAUACCAAAACUCCAAAACAGAACUAACAGCAACUACUUCAUAACACAAUCUCGGAGUGCGCAUGCAUGAGCAUUUUUGCCUUUUUGAAAAGUUCACUCGUUCAACUGAAAUAAUCUAUAAAUAACUUUGCGCGUGAAUAUCCUUCGCUUAAAGAUCGGCACUAUUGACACUAUUACAAAAAUAACUAACCUGGUUUCUGUUAUUAAAGAACAAAAAUAUUACUUUGAAUCGGAAAGAAUACUACUGUAUAAUGUGCAAGUAAUUUCUCUUUUAGUUCAUUUUCAAAUGAACCAUUAAAAUGAUAUUUCUUUAUUGAUAAAAAGACUUGAAACAGUAGUUUGUUGACAUUCUACCAAAUUUAGAGACCAAAUUCAACAGCCUGUCCGAUUAGUUUGAUAAGCUUCCAAAUCCAAAAAUUAAAUUACAUAAAAUAUUUCAAAGUGAAAUGAUAAUGAGAAAUUUAUAGGAGCAAGCGAAAAUAGAGAAACGAAAGAUAGCUUUUCAUAUCCAAGAAUAAAUAUAAACUUAUUUCUUUAGCUUACCUUCCGAUUCUUGAUCAAAUAAUUUUUUUGCGACGCUGUUUUGCCUAGCCUACAAUAGUUUUUGAGAUGAAAUAAAGUUCAAAUUAGUUUAAUGAGAUAAAUGAAAAGAAAGGCCAAAGGACUUUCAACAAUGAAAACGUGCAUAGAACAAAAAUGCUCGGUUUACCUCUUUAUCCUCUGCCAUGGCUGCUGGACAUCUUUCAUCAGCGCGGAAAAGUUAUUGACAGUUCGCCCGCUUCCAAAAGCUCCGCCCUAAGUGAGACAAAAUGUCUCACUUCUCCGAGUUUGUCUAGGCCUCAACUUACUCGGACCAUGUGACCCAAACGCAUCGGCCGCGCAUAAUAAUGAGGCCUAGGGACUAAAGAACGAUAGUAAAAGUAAGACUAGGAAUGCGCGAGCCUGAAUUGAUCAAACGUCCUUUUAAUUUCUAAGGCUUACUUUCCGCCAAAUAAAAUGAACUAAAUGUAAAAAGUGAAAUACAAUUAGCGAAAAAUUAAACUUCUGAUUAAAUCUUUUCUCAUGGUUUAGAAUAAACUAUUCUCGAAACUGAGAAUGUUUUGAUCAAAGCUGUGCAAAUCGAACCGAAACUGUGCAUGGAACCUUGCGUUUAUUUCCUGUAUUUAUCUCACCUAUUGUAUUGACUAUGUGUGAACAUCUUCAUUAUGAAUCGGCAUAUUUCAAACAGCUACACAACGAGCAAGAAUACUAUUAACCGACAAUAUACAGAGCGGGGGCAGCUGCAGGGUCAACUAUUACUAGUUACUAUUAUUAUAACUAUAACAGGGUCAACUAUUACUAGUUAAUAUUAUUAUAAUAAACGAUAGUAUUAUUACCCUCGCAAGGGAUUUCGCCCAGAAGGCGAAAUCCUGAGGAGGUACUUAAGGAAAGUACUUACGGUUAAAAUAUACAGUCAGUAUGCCAGAAAAAAUCUCGAUUUGCUUGAACGGGGGCCGUGAUAGCCUCCCACACAGGCGUUUUAGGGGAGCUCGUCUUUCAUCCCUCCCCACUGAAAAGUGAGCUCUCGUAAAAACGCCUGCGUGGGAGGCUAGGGCCGUGAGGAUUCGGUGGGUAAUGAUGACGUUUUCUAUUGUUCGCGCCCGCAAGGGAUGACGUAAAACAGAAAAUCCCGAAGGGACCGCUUAGGCAGAUUUUGAGACAAUUAUUAUUCAGGCAUACUUCGAUACUCUUUAGCGUUAUGUUUUACCUGUGGCAUUCUGUAGAGCGGCUGUUUUGAAAGUUUUGCACUAAAAGACACUCGUUAAGAGCAGAUGAAGUUAUAAGGUGCGUGUAACUGUGUAUAUAUAGAUCUAUAUAAACACUUGGAGAGUUUGCCAGACAUGAAUUAGCCUGCGAGCAAGCGAAGCGUUUUCGCGAGACUCGCUUCACUCGCCCAAACAGGAGAGCUUGCUCGCAGGCUAGACACGAAUUUAAACUUGAAUCUUUUAAUUGCCAGACAUUCUUUGUCUCUCUUUGGGGGAAAAAGAAUCAACGGCUAGCUUAUCACUAGCAGAACGAUAGACGAUUACAGAAAUUCGCGGACAAUGAAAUUCUGUACUGACUUAUUCCCUACUCACAGAGGUCCUUCUAUAAAGUUUAAGCAAAGAUCGACUAGAACGCGCGAGCGUGAAUUCAUCAAACCUUCGAAUUUCUAAGACUUACUUUCCGGCAAAUAAAAUGAACUGUUUGUAAACACUGCGUAAAUAGUGACAAAGAAUUCCAACUUCUAAUUAAAUCUUUUCUUAUGACCUUAUGAGAAUAAACUAUUCUCGAAACUGAGAAUUUUUUUGAUCAAAGCUGUGAAAAUCGAACUGAAACAGCGCAAGGAACCUUGCGUUUCCUCUCUUCCUCUCACCUAUUGUUUAGAAUAAUGUGUGAAAAUCUUCAUUAUGAAUCGGUAUAUUUCAAAGAGCUACACAACGACCAAGAAUACUAUUGACCGACAAUAUACAGAGCGGGGGCAGCUGUAGUGUCAACCAUUACUAGUUAUGCUCUUAUAAUACAAGAUCAGCUUCAAUGAUUUAAAAGAACAAAUUAUGGAAAACUUCUCUUCACUGAGUAUAGGGGAGCAAUCAUGGAAUAGUUUACCAAAUGAUCUAAAGGAACUAAAAUCAUGCAACGCGUUUACGAAAACAUUGCAUAUAUAAGCACUCAUUUUGCUACCUUUUGUCAACUAUGUAAAGAAAUCAUUCGGGAACCUUAGAAAAGCUCAUCAGAGCUUGCUGUGUUUCCGUUUGCGUUAGCUCAGGAUAUAUCAUUGUAAUAACAAGAUGAUGUAUGAUGUGUGAUAGGUUGGAUAAAACAUGAAGGAUAAAAUAGUAUCAACAGAUAACUUACUCACAACUACAGUUUAAUUGUAAUUUGUUUACCCAGGCACGAAACACUUACUGACGAAUUCUUCUGAACUCGCUUAAAGGUGUCGGUGCAUUCCAGAUCGAAUUGAAAUUUAACAGUGUUGGAUUUAGAUGAGAGGGGAAAACAAGAGUACCCGAAGAAAAACUUCUCGGGGCGAGAAGGAGAACCAGUAACGGUCAAUGACAAACUCAACCUCCAUAUGGCGCGGACGCCGAGAUUU